ACUGAGUCUACCCCAUUCUCUCACGGCGGCGGUCUGCUUAGGCAUAUCACUUCACCGUCACUCCAUCAGUUCUCUUUUCCAACUAUCUCUUCUUCUGCCUACCAUGUCCUUCCAGUCGCUCAUUUCUGGCUCUGAAUGCGCUGCGCCUGCAAAUCCACUCAACCAGGUCCUGAAGCAUACAGACGGUGAUCGCAGUCUGCAACAGGAUCGUCUUGCUGGUCCAUCGUCAUCAAGACUUCAAUUUCUCCCUACAACGUCAGCUCCCGCUGCCAGUGAACAAGAUCUUGCCCUUGCUCGCCAGUUCUUCGAAGCAAAUGGUGCUGGUCCGGCGUUACGACCCGCUUUCUCCGCCCCCGGACCUGCUUUGGCUGGUCCAGCUGCACCAGAAUUCAAUGAAGCAUGGGUAGCAGAGCAACAGGCACGCAUGCGACAUUUUGAAUCCCAGAAAGUUCAGAGUUCUUGGGCGAUGGAAUUUGGGUCAUCAAAGUUCCUUCCGCAGGGUCCGUCUGCCCCAAGCAUUGCUGGACCACAAGAACUGCAACAAAAUCCGUCAUAUGGGCAUUCAUUGGGGAUGUAUUCUCCGCAAAUGACGGGAAUGUAUGGCAUGGGCAUGGGCAUGAAUAUGUACCAAGGCCCUAAUUCAAGUUACGUGGUGGACCAGGGCAAAGGGAAGGCAAGGAGUCGAGAUGCCGACUUUGAUGCAGCUUUUGAGCAGGCUGCCUCUCUCGUGCCCACCCAGGCGACCGAAGCUAGGAUUGUCGAAGUUGAAGAUGUUUCCGAUUUGAACGAGGCUUUAGAGCAAGUACAUCUGGAACCGACCCAAGCAGAGCCCGGAAAUGAUUUCAGAAAGGUAUGGGACCAUCUUCAAAAUUCUGAUCUUCCACCGCCGAAAGAAGAUUUAGCCAAAUGGGAAGCUGAAUUCAAUCAGCUAAUGAAUUCACAACGAGAAGGCGACCUUGAUUAUGACUUUAAUAAAGUUAUAGAGAAUACAUGGCAACAGGGACUGGAAAACGAUCGGCAAGAGAACGUAGGGCCUGAACCAAUCAAGUUCGAUAGUGAAGGGAUCCCUAUCUUAGGCGACUACAUAUUUGAACCUAACAACAAAUAUCUAACAUCGACAUCGACCAGCUCACCCUUAGCAGAGGCGAAAGCGCUGCUGGAACGGAAUGGCUCUUUAUCAGAGGCAGCUCUUCUCCUAGAAGCCGCUAUCCAGAAAGGGGACCUUGGCGAGGGCGGUUACGAGACAUGGAUAUUGCUAGGGGAAACUCGUAACAUGGAUGAGCGUGAAGAAGCUGGCAUGCGCGCAUUGAUGGAAGGAGUAAAGAGGGCUGAGGCUGCUGGUGCUGCCGGUGCUGGAAUGCUGUCCCUCGCGAUAUCUUUUACGAACGAAUCGUACGAAAGGGCUGCCCAUACCAUGCUCCUUCGUUGGAUAACUGCUCGAUACCCUUCUCAUCACGUCCCUCAGGAUACAUUCCGAGCCACACAACACACUGCGUGGGAUGCUAACAGUCGAAUAACGGAAGUCUUCCUGGAUCUCGCCCGAACGCAGCACAACCAAGGUGCAAUGGAAGCAGAAGUACAAAUUGCCCUGGGCGUUUUGUUUUAUUCUACAAAUGACUACGAUAGGGCAAAAGAUUGUUUCCAAUCGGCGCUUUCCCUGAGACCACAGGACUACCUGUUGUGGAACAGACUAGGGUCGUCAUUAUCCAACGGGAACAAACCAGAGGAGGCUUUGGGUGCCUAUAGAGAGGCUUUGCAGCUAAGGCCUACGUAUACACGGGCAAUAUACAAUGUGGGAGUGGCCUGUUUGAACAUUGGUACACACAAAGAAGCUGCUGAACAUUUCCUGAGCGCCUUAUCGAUGCAAGAGCAGAGCGCCGGAGAGACCAGUGAUCAGUUGUGGUUUACGCUUCGCAGGGCUUUGAUGUCAAUGGACCGCGCAGACCUUGCGGACCGGGCCAAAGCUGGGACGAGCCUUGAGUCUUUCCGCAAAGAGGGUUUCGAUUUCUAGUGUCGUAAUGUCAGUGUGCAGUCUACAAUGUAAAAACAUGCGAGUUCAAGUUCCGAAAUGCGUCCACCUUGAUUGGUCGUGGCGGUCCGAAGGUCCACACGUGAGGCUAUCACGAGAACUCAAGUGGGUGUACUUAAAUACGGAAUCUAUUUUCGAAACGAUAUUCUGCUCUUUC